AUGAGGUCUGCCGCUUUCUUGUACGCCGCUCUGCUCGCGGUCUUGCCCCAAGUGCAGCCACGAUAUUGUGGAGAGCAGAAGAUGCCUCACGACCAAGUGGCCCCGUUUCCUGAGAAAGAACCCAAAUCGUUUACCGAGUGUGCGGCCCACAAGUACAACCCCACGCUCCACAUUUCUCACGGAUGCAGCCCGUACCCUGCGGUGAACAUAGAUGGAAUGGUCAGUGGCGGUCUCAAAGCUACGGGUAAAGCAAACGGCAAUUGCGCGGGAGCUGCGCUGGGCGAUCAAGUAUACGCGCGUUCGAUGUGGAAGUAUCACCAUUGGGCCAUCAUGUACGCCUAUUUCUUUCCAAAAGACUCGGUCGUCAGUGGGAAGGGCCACCGUUACGACUGGGAGUGGGUCGUCAUCUGGCUCAACAACCCUGACGUCAAUGUGUCACGAAUCGAGGCGGUGUCGGUGUUGGGAAGGGAGGUCGAGAGAUACAACUUUGUCGACAUCGAUCCGAAGUAUUUCGCCGAUGGCGUUCCCCAACUCGAGUACGAAGCCCAUGGCGACAGGCACUUCGUUACGUUGUCUACUGACAUUGGCAGGUCCCCAGAUCUGGUUGUGUGGCACGAGAUGUCCGAUCACGCCCGAUGCGCACUCAACAAACAUGGGUGGAACGAAAACGAGUUGAUGCCCAUGAGCGACGACAAAUUCGAAAAGAAUUUGGAGCGUGCUUGGAAUGCAAAACUACGCUCUGCCAAAUGA